GUUCCAUUUCCCCUUCCCCAAAACUUCCCCCUUUAUAUCAAACCUUCCACGCACCCUCUUUACUCUGCAUCUCUACCCUUCAAAAUCUCACAAUCCCCAUUUACUCACUCCUCCUUCAGUGCUCUCUCUCUCUCUCUCUCUCUCUCUUCACCCACAAGACCCAUUUCACCGUUACUCUCACAAAGAUGAAGAGAAUGGAGUUCCUCUGCAGCUCCCCUUCUUCCACCGCCAUCUGCUCCAGCCUCGACCACCGCUCCAUGGUCCGCCACUCCACCGCCACUUCUUCUAAGCAGCCCAUUUUCGGGACCUGCUCUUCUCACGAAUUCUUCCCCGUCAAUCCCAUCAAGCAGCGGCGGAGCACCUCCGUCGUGCUCUCCGACUUGUACAAACACCCUUCCUCUGUUUCCGACAGGGGAAAACAGAGCACCCCUUUCGAUUCCCGCAGAAGGAGCUCCUCCGCCGACCCCCGCGAUCUCCUUCUCCAGCUCCGCCGCCGGCAGCAGCACAUCCGCUUAGGUUCUUCUACUCAUCUCCUGAGAAGCGACGAUCGAACCGGCGCGCCGCCCGAUUGGGUUUCCGACUCUGCUCCGGUUCCUAAUUCAGAUCGCAAUCAACUGUGGCCGAAUCGGCCGAAGGAGACGGCCUCCAUCGGCGGCGAUGUCCCCGUUACCGAACGUGGACAUCGCCAUUCCUCUGUUUCCGAGCUGGCUCGCUUCGGCGACCCUGUUUUUUCCGAUUCGGGUCGUAUCUCCGGGAUGGUUGUCGCUACUACUCGGCACUCGAAACCGAAUCGCAGCGAAUCGAGCGAUGAGAUAACGUCAGAUAAACACGUCGUCUCCGCUGUUGCUCCGGCGCAAGCCAGGACACCUCGGCGUGUAAGCUUCCAGGACUGUCCUCCGGUUCUGAAAUCAUCUUCCUCCGCUCGCUCACAUGACCAGGUGGUGGUUUUGAGGGUGUCGAUUCAUUGCAAGGGAUGCGAAGGGAAAGUGAGGAAACAUAUCUCCAAAAUGGAAGGUAAGGGUGACGUCGUUCAGCAUCGAUUUAGCGACGAAGCAGGUGAUCGUGAAAGGGAAGGUGACCCCUAUGGGCGUACUGGCAAGCAUCUCCAAGGUCAAGACUGCACAGCUUUGGGCGACUUCUUCGUCCCUUCUUCACCCUACGCCGUCCACGUCAGCACCGCCGCCAGCAGCAGCAGCAGCUCCAAGGUGGUCAACCUGAAGAUGGUUUUUUAGGUAUUAGAUGGUAGAUGAUUAAUUAUGAUGUUGUUAGUUGCGUUAGUUAAUUAACUGAUGGGUGAAGCUACGAUGUUACUUAGGUUUUGUGCAAUAAGUUGUUUGAUCAAUGUGUGGUGCGUUCAAGUUAAAGCAGGGUUCAUUUUCAUCACUGUUUUGAUUUAAGCUCACGUGACUAUAUAUAUCCGCGGUUCAACAAGCUUCGUUCAUGUUCAAAUAGGUGUCUAGUAAAGUUUGAUUCGAAUUGAUUUAAUAAAAAUCGGGAAUAGACGACGGGGGUG